AUGAUUUGCGACUUUUGUAAACAAAAACAAACUCUCCUGGAAAGCCUUUUUCAGUGUGAUGCGUGUAGAAAAUCAGUAUUUAAGAGCUGUGGGGGCCUCACGGCCUCUGAAGUUAAGGUGCUGCAACUUGCAGGAGGUCGUAAAAUGUUUUUCCAUUGUUCAGCUUGGGUGGAGGGAAAAACACACAAACUUUUAAGAGAGGUUAUAUCAAGUAAGGAUGUAAUAAUCGGAGAUAAAAGUGAAAUAAUCAAUCUUCUGAAUAAUGAAAUUGAUCAGCUGAAAAGGGAGAAGAAUGAGGUACAGAAGUUAUCAGUGGAGACUCAUAAAUGUCUGCAAAGAGAGUUGUAUAGUGAAAAAUGUAAAGCUAAGGAGAGAAAGAUAUUAAUUGUGAAGACAAAGAGAAACAAGAGCGCAGAAGAAAUCAGAAGCGACUUGGUUAAUAAUAUUGAUAUUGAAGCUAUCGAAUCCAAAGUGCAAAUAGGCAGGAAUAUCAAGAAGGGAGGAUGCAUUUUGGAGUAUGAAAACAAUGCAAGUGCAGAAGAUAUUGGGAACAACAUAGAACUGAACUUGGGAACAGAUAAUGAAGUUUCACAUCCAAAGAAAACAAACCCAAGGAUUAAAAUUGUUGGCAUACCAGAGUCCUUACCCGGAGAUAAAGAGCUUCUAAAGUCAAAAAUUAUACAGCAAAACAAAAUUGAUACCCAGCCAAAUGAUUUCCUUUUCAAUAUAUUGAAUAUCUCUGAAAACCGUAAGAAAAUGUUCAGUAUAAUGGCUGAGGUAGAUAUAAAAACUUUCGAAAUGCUUUUAAAAAUAAACGGAAUAUUUCUUAGCCUAUCACCGAAUUCUAAUGCAGCUGACUUUUUUGCACAUAUUAUGGAUGAAUUUCUUGAAGGCAUUCCAAUUAAGAAUAAACAGGUUUAUGGGACUGGUGACCUGAACAUUGACAUGGCAAAAGCGUCUCUACAAAAAGACCAGUUGGUAAAUUUAAUGGCUUUAUUUGGCCUUAAACAGAAAGUUACAGAAUAUACCCGAGUUACAACAAAAGAUACAAAAAGUACAAUUGAUGUAUUUACAAAUAAUGAGGCUACUACCACAAAUGUGUUGAGAAGACCUAAAUCAAGUGAUCACGAUAUUCAGAUAAUCAUAAAUAAGGGUGUACAGGGAACCAAGCUCACCUUCUCCAGAAUAGGCCGUAAUAAAAGAAAGGUUAAGUGCCACAAUUUUCAGACAAUGCUUCAAAAUCAGAUGUGGUUGGAGGAAGGAAAUGUUAUUGAAUUGACUAAAAAUAUGUAUACCAAUGUGAAUCUCAUAUUAGAUAAGAUAGCGCCAGUGUAA